AUUAUUAUUAUUAUUGCUCAAAUAAGUAAUGCUAGUGCAACCUUUGUCAUUGUCCCAGUAUAACUGCUUUCUGAAGGAGUGGCCUCCAGUCUCUAAAUUGUUUCUGCUCCAUGUGAAAGGUUUAUUUUCUGAUGCUGUUGCUCUAGUUAGUCCACCUUGUGCUCAGUGAGAGAUCCCACAAGUGCCUGUGACAUUCACAGCACCGGCGUAUAUAAAGACCCCCGGUUUGUGCGGUUGUCAUCUCUUCUUGCUGUCCUGCUGCUGUCAUGGCCCUGCUGAGAGUGUCUUCCUACCGUAAACUGUUUGAGGAGGAGCAGUGGAGCCAGGCUGCAGGACGCUGUGGAGUCCAGGCCCGCUUCACUGCCAGUGUGUUUGACAGGGGUGGAGUUUCAGUGCGUGAAUGUCCCGAGCUGGAUUUUGCUGCAGCUCGUGCCCUAAACAAGGAGGGUGUGGCACGAUUUGUCAAUGAACGCUUCGUCAUCGCCGGCCUCAAUGAUCGCCUGGCCGGCCUCAUCGACGUGGUUCGGUGUCUAGAAGAGGAGAAUGAAUCUCUGGAGGCAGAGAUUCUCGAGCUGGAGGAAAUGCUGGAGUCGGAGCAGAUCUCCUCCAGCACCGUCAGCAUCAGCGAUCCUGUGGACUACAGUUUAGUGAUAGAGAGGCUACGGAAAGAGAAGGAGCUGAUUUUAUGCAACACGGAGGAGCUGAAGGGUGAGCUGCGGCGUCUGCAGAUGAAAUACGAUCAGGUUGUUGAGCACAAGAGACUCCUCCAGCAAGAGCGAGAAGAUGUUUCUGUGGAGGUGGAUGCAAUUACCACUGACUGCCUGGCCCUUCGAGAGCAAGGGGCCAUCUAUGAGGAGCAGCUGGCCGCCAUGGACAGGCAGCACGAAACGAGGCUGGGGAAAUUGUGUGAGCCCAGGACUCCGGAUGAAGGUUCUCCUACUGUAUCCCUGCAGUUCCCCUCCUUUGAUAUCUCUCCAGCCAUCAUGGACAUCAAGGAGCACUAUGGCACACUAGCUCAGAGCCUCAAGUUUGAGUUCAGAGCCUCGAGCGCUGCAGGAAAGGAGAAGGAGGAGCAGCUGGCUAAGUUGACUGGAGGGGAAGUGAAGGACGUCUCCAAAGAGACUGAUGUGAAUGUCCUCAAGAACUUGAUUGCAGAGCUGCAGAAAGAAGUGACAGAGCUGGAGAAGCGUGGAGACGAGUUGGAGGCUGAAAUAGAAGGCAGGAAAACCAAAUACCUGGAGGAGAUAGAGGAGCUGGAGAAUGACAUUUGUCAGCUGGAGGAGGAGGAGGCUGAUCUUCAGUUCCAGAUGAAGGAUCAGAGUGGGGACUAUGAAGAACUGCUGAAUCAGAAGAUGAAUCUAGACAUAGAGAUAGCUGCUUACAGGGGUUUGGUUGAAGAAGAAGAAGAGAGACUGAGCUGCCUGUAAGCUGCAAGAAGAGGUGAUGCUCUCCUCUGGACUGAAGCAGACACAAAGAAACACUAAAACCACAUACAAUUCAACCCUUAACAGCAAGUCUCACAAAUCAAGAAAGUAAAGAAAACAGCUGUCAGACACACUUAACCUUCUGAGCAGAUGUAAACCUUCACUGACAGAUGAACUUCAGGGAGUUCGUGGAAGCUCAUUGAUAACGGGUCAGUGGCAGGUAACCCCGGGUCUUCAAGAAACACUGGAUCUGUGCAGCAGUGGGAGUGUGUUGAUAGUGAUGGGGGAUUCUCAGCACUGGAAUCUCCUAUUGAAAGUUUCAUAGUCCCUGUGACUGAGACACAUACACACUCUACUGUUAAAAAGUUUGGGGUCAGUAAGUUUAAUUUUUUUAAAGAAACAGUAUUUUUUAUCCAACAAGGAUGCACUAAACAAAAGUGAUGAUAAAGACAUUUAGAAUGAUACCAAAGACUUCUAUUUCAAAGAAAUAAACUUUCUGUUAAUUGAAGAAUCCUAAAAAAAACAUAAUUGUUUCCCCAAAACAUUAAGCAGCUCAACUGGUUUCAACAAUAGUAAUAAGAAAUGUUUCUUGAGCAUCAAAUCAGCAUAUUGGGUUACCUGUUUUUUUUUUUUUUUUUUUUUUUUAUCAAAUAAAUGCAGACUUGGUGAGUGUAAGAGACUUAAACUAAAAUAAAUAAAUCUCACCAGCUCCAAACUUUUUUAAUGUACACACAUUUCCUUGUGCUCUGUUAAAUCUAAACCUUUCCUGUACUGUCCAAACAUUGUUUUAGAGCAUUUACAUGCGCUUUAAAAGUUUCACUUGGAAUAAAAAAAUCAUUUGUCUUAUUAAAAUGCUUUAGUCUGACCAGAAUUGCACCGGUCUGGUUUUGUAAUUCCCAUAUAUGAGACUUAAUGAAAUUGUUGCUUGAUUUCAUUCACCUUAUAUACACACUGCUAGUGUAUUUAAUGCUUCAGAUAUUCAGUUACGUAUUGUGUUAUGUAUACAUGGACAGAAAAGAAAAUGUAGCUUAACUACCCAAAAUUAUGAAAAUAAAAUGUAAAAGCUGGAUACAAACUUAUUGACAAAGCUAGACAAGACGGAUAAAAUUGAUUGACUUGUUGGACAUUUCGCCUGUCUCUUGUCAUCCGUAGCUCAUUUUAAAUUGAAAAUACUGACUCUUUUCGAUGCAACAGCUUACAGCAUUUAAAUAAAUAUUUGCCUUUGAAAUCAA